CAGGGUGUUUCAGUUCUAAAACGUCUGUGCCUGUGUAUAUAUCGGGCAUUUUUUGUAACACAAAUUUUUGGUGAUUCAAGGCAAAAUCGCCUGGCAAUUAGACUCAACAAAAAAUUCCGAAUUUUCCACUUCCUUACCUAUUAAUUAUGUCCUCCAAGGGAACACCCCCGUAUCCCGAUCUGGGAAAGCUGGCACGAGAUCUCCUCAGACGCGGCUAUCACCCGGGCAUCUGGCAGAUCGAUUGCAAGACUCUGACCAGUUCUGGCAUUGAGUUUUUCACCACAGGAUUUGCCAGCCAGGACAACAGCAAGGUGAAAGGAUCCUUGCAGAGCAAGUACAAGAUCGAAGAUCAUGGCCUAACCCUCACCGAACGAUGGAACACGGAGAACUGGCUCUUUGGAGAGAUAAUGCAGAAGGAUAAGUUGGCCGAGGGCCUGAUGCUGGCACUGGAGGCCAAGUUUCAGCCGGGAUCUAAUGAGGGGGAUGGAAAGUUCAAAUUGGGUUAUGCCAAGGACAACUUUCACUUCUUGGCCGACAUUGGAUUGAACUCGGAACCGGCUUUGAACUGCUCCCUGGUUCUUAGCCAUAAUGAGUUUCUGGGCGGUCUUGGUGGCGAGCUUGACGUCAGUAAUGUCGAUUUAAAAAUGUGGAAGGUGGCUUUGGGGUGGACUAACGAAACCGCCACCUUGCACGGAGAACUAAAAAAUGGAGACACCUGGUUGGCAUCUCUAUUUUACAAAGCCAGCGAAAAGAUCGAUGUUGGUGCGGAGAUCACCAAGACUGGAGGCCAGCAAGGAGAAGGUGGCGAGCAGCAGGAGGGCGGCGACCUGGUCGUCAGCCUGGGCAUGCUUUAUCAUCUGGAGGAGAACGCCCUGAUCCGGGCCAAGAUCAAUAACGUUGUGGAGCUGGGUCUGGGCUAUGAGCAAAAGCUCCGAGACGGUAUUACAGCCUCCAUAUCAGCCGUUCUAGACUGUGGCAACAUCUCGGAUGGAAAUCACAAGUUUGGCGUGGGCGUGGCCCUCCAAUGCUAAGAAGGAGGUCUCAUUUAAAGGAGUUAACUUAAUCAUUUGAAUUUCUAAAUUAAUUUAAUUAUGUUAUGAAGAAAAAUACAUUCACAUUCAUGGUUAUGAAAAUGGAUCUUUUUUGAGAUGAUUAAAGUUUUAAAAAAAGUUUAAAAAAUGAA